UCGAGAGUGAUGACACCUGCAUCUCCACAGCAGAACCAACUAAUGAAUUUGCUUCUUACUACACAAAACUCUAUGAAUUGAGGGAAGACAAGUCCACCCAUAUCACAGAAAUUGUCACUUUUCUAAACUUGAUCCGACUGCCACAAAUAUCCAUGACAGACUAUGACUCUUUAACCAGAGCGUUUGACAACGAGAAGAUCAUAUUAGCCCUGUCCGCUCUGCCGCCACACAAAUUACCUGGUCCAGACGGACUCACAAACUG